GUACUUGAAACAAACCUCCGUUGAGCAGCCGUGUUCCCGCAGCCUCCUCCCCUUUACUACAAGAUACGCGCGCUAGUGAAUCAUUCAUCACUCCAGCGCAAUGCGAGCUGAUGCUCAGAGUUUCUAUUAAAUGAACACAUCUGACUGAACUACCUUCAGUUUCUGUGCGCUGGGAUCUGUUCAGGAUGACACCUCUCCUCUGCAACGCCUGUCUCAUCUUGCCUGUUGCUUUACAUCUGCUGCUUGUUCCCAGUCCAUGUUCUGCUGCAGCCACAAAGAAGUGCAGCUCCAUCUAUAAAGGGUUUGCCCAGUGUCUGCUUGCCCUGGGAGACAGUCUCUCUGUCAGUGCCCAAAAAGAUGAGGAUACACAGGAGAUCGACUCUAUUUGCAAAUCCUGGGAUGAUUUUCAUGACUGUGCAAAUGUGGCCAUGGCCGGCUGCCCUGAGGAGGCUGCUACGGUGUGGGAGUCUCUGAGACAAGAGUCCAAAAAGAUGCAGUUUUCUGGAAACCUGUAUGAGAUGUGCUCCAGUCGUAGCCAAUCAGCAGCUGCCUCUGAUUCCCAAAGCCCCGAUGAGACCAAUCAGGAGUCGUUAAAGGGACGCGCUAGUCAUAAAAGUCUGACCUUUCUGACCUUCUGUUUGCCUGUGCUACUACUGUUUCCAUGGAUAUAAUCACAUCUCAAGACUCACCUCAGAGUUCAAAUAUUCAGCACAUAUAGACAACGAUACUGACUGCUUUUGUUCUGACAUUUUCAUACAGAUCUCGUGUAGUACUAUAAGAUUCAUUUUAUGCUUCAAAUGAAGCUGUUCAAAACAAAAAGAAUGUCGUUUCCACACAAAGGACACGUUUUCAGGUCCAAAACGCUUACUUUUGUUAUUUAUUUAUUUAUUGUUUAAUUAUGACCAAAAAAAAAUCUUAAAAUCUUAAAGGGUUAGUUCACCCAAAAAUGGAAUUUCUGUCAUUAAUUACUCACCCUCAUGUCAUC